AUAUCAAAGAGCUAAAAAACGAGUUGUAAAGCGUUUUAUUUAAAAUACAGGUUGUUUGUUUGAAAUCGGCCAUUCCGUUACUUUGUUUUCUUCCACUCACAUGUCGCAUUGACAUUGAACAUUUAACGGCGAAAUUUAACCGCUUCGAAGAGCCCUUUACACAUUGUAAUAAUUAAUUAAAUUACUUUUAUAUGAAAAAAUAAGAGUCAUUAUUUAAUGAGUAAUUUUGGCUUUCUAUAUAUUUAUGCAACAUUUUGAAGUGGCUGCACACUGUGGAACUCUUGGACUUAAAAUUAAAGUUAUUCAGUUAUUAGUAUUAGUAUUAGUUAUUACUACUACAAUACUUAAUUUACUACUACAUUUACUAUAUUUUAAUUCAAUCCGUGGGGGUGACUAUUUUUUUUCCAGUCAUUCAAUUCUUUGCGUUGAUUGUCACUAGGCUAAUGGUUUUAGUACUAGUCUAGAUCAAAGUCAAAGUGGAGAAGAGUUCAUUUUAAAAUUAUGCUCCUGACAUUUCUCAUUCUCCUGUCUCAUACUCAUGUAGCUGUCCAACCACAAAAACCAUGUCAGUGGUCCCACAUUCUGUAAGAAACAAAACUGGCUUUCUAGCAGCAGCUCUUGUCAUGAUGCAUUUUAUCAUGCUGAGAUGGCCAUGCUCUUGUACAAUAGAGGCAGAGGUAUCUUUGAAAUCCUGGGGUAUUAUCUCUUGCUGCCACAAUAGUUUGUUGUUGAGCCCUUGAGUCAUAUGUCUGCAGUUUCUGCUGCACCAUUCUGCUUAUAUUUUUUUAGAUAUCUUUCCUAACAGCGUCGCUUAGGUGAAACUGUGAAAGUAUUUCAGCUAUUUUUUUUUUCAGAAAUCAAUAAAAAUGUGUUCCCUAAUAAAGUCUCUAAAAUGUAUAAGACAAGUAUAAGUAUAAGCCUAUUCAGGAUACGAUUAAACAUUUUUCACAGCUAACGCGUAGCAGAGGACAUGUCAUUUUGUGAAUGGUGAAUUGUCAUCAGUUAACGUUUCAUGUCUAUUUUAGUGUAUCAGUAAAAAUUUAAAAUUUAUUUAAAAUUAAAUGCCUUUAUUUCAAUAUUGUUUUGUAUCCAUGCAUUCAUCAAGUCAAGGGGAUAUAUAUUAAUAGCCAAAUAAUUCUUGUAUUUUUAAAGCCUGAAAUUUUUCAUAAAUUGAUUAUAGUUACAGUAUUGAGAUUUCUAUGUUUAUUUUAAAAACAGAAGAUGUUUACAGCAGAAGGGAAUGCAUAUGAAAGAGAAUUUGUGACCUUCAUUGGCAUGGGAAUAUUUUUUUUUGUUCUUAUUUUGGAGGGGCCAUGAUCAAUUUAGUGAUCAUUCUGGCUCCUGGUUUGAAUUCAGAGUUAUCCUUCUUUCCGAUGAGUUGCCGUCCAAGGCUUAACGAGUCCAAUCCACCUGGAGUGCUUGGGAUGUUGAUUUUGGUGGGGAAUGAACUCCAGACCACCAGUGGCCAGCUAUUUGGUUUGAGUCAGUUUAGACUACUUGACCACCCAGCACCCACAGGUUACUUCAUGUAAAUGAGCUCUUGUGUUAUUAAUUUGUUUUUUUAUUAUUAUAAUUUUUUUAAAUUCAAUUUUUUAUUUUAGAAAAUGAUUCGUAUGCAAAGAGCUGGCGGUGAUGCAGAUGAAGAUAAACAAAAGAUGGAUGAGGAAGUCAAAAUGGCCCGUAUGGUGACAUUGCAAAAUGUUGUGGCAUUCGGUUUUUUCUGUGGUUUAAUUAGAGCAGGUAGGCAUCUGAAUUUAAUAAUAAUACAGUAGACUCAGUAGAAAAAUUUCCAAUAUAAAAUUUGGGUUAAAAGAUAUUCUGGUCCUAACAAAAUACUAUCUUAAAGAGGUCCUAUCUGUGGUUUCAUAAUUUUCCUCGCAACACUUACUGUAAAAUGUUUGUGCAAUGAACAACUAAUAGUUGUUAUAGUUAUAUUGCACAAACAUAUGAACAACUAAUAGUUAUGUUAUAGUUAUAUAUUUUUCAUUACCGAGCAUAUAUGCUAAAUUUUCUCAUUUCUUCUUUUAACAGCACCAUGGAUUCUGAAACAGUUUUGAUUAAUGCUUUGACUGGAUUAUGCAGCCGUUUCAGUGGGCCUGUUUAUGAUAUGGAAUGAGCUCUCAGUAUUUUUAUUUUUACAGCAAGCAAGACAAGAAUGAAGUUGAAUUGCUGCACUGAAUUCAGUAUUUCUUGGGAUCUGGACUUACUUAAUCCAGUAGCAACUCGUUACAUCCAGUUGGUUGUAAUCAUGAAGGAAUUCACUAAGCUUGCUGUGAAAAAAAAACUCUUGGCACUCAAACCGCAAUAGACUAAAGAUGUAACAUCAUCUAUGUGAUGAGUUUGCUCUUUGAAAACCUACAUUUCAACAUUUGAUCUACAUGUUAAAAUGUAGAAUAAAUUAUAUAUAUUAGUUACUUUUUUGUGGCAGUCAUUUGUUUUUGUUAUAAAAUUAUUUUUAAAAACUUACUUGUUAACUGGGUGUUAAAGUUGAUUAGAUAUCAGCAUACAGAAAAUCAGCGGGGACAUACUAAAUGUAUUUUUUAGCACCACACAUAGAGGGUAUAACU